AUACUCAUUGUACUUAAAAACUGAAGACAGCUUCUACUGUGCUGUAAAAGACAUCAAUUCUCCUGCAGUGUCUGUUGAGGGUCACAGUUAUUUCCACGUGACUUACACCCAUCAGAGGAUCUGUACCUUGAAUGGGUCAUCAGUGGACAUAUCCUGCUCUUAUACAUAUCCCAGUGGUCAUACAGUCUCUGAAACAAUCUGGUAUACAAAAGGAAAACUUAAUGAGGCGUCUCAAAUCCUGAGCCCGGGGUAUGGAGGUCGUGUGGAGUACCUUGGAAAUAUGCAGAGUGACUCCACCCUAAGAAUCACAGACCUGAGAGAGGAGGACUCAGCUGAGUAUAAGAUUAGAUUCAGAACAGAUCAGACAACCUGGGAGCCCACCUUCCCUGGAACAACUCUGACUGUCACAGGUCUGCAGGUGAAGGUGACUCCUGCCACUGUGACAGAGGGACAGAAGGUGACACUGACCUGUAGCACCACCUGUACUCUGGGUAACAACCCCACAUACGUUUGGUACAAGAAUGGACAUGUAACCAACCAAUCUACCAGUCUGUUCCUAAACCCAGUCAGCAGUGAGGAUGCAGGCAGAUACUCCUGUGCUGUAGAAGGACAUGAGGAUCUCCACUCUGCUGAAGAGACUCUCACUGUCACAUACGGCCCAAAGAACACCUCAGUGUCAGUCAGUCCCUCUGGUGAAAUAGUGGAGGGCAGUUCAGUGACUCUGACCUGCAGCAGUGAUGCCAACCCACCUGUGGACAAAUACACCUGGUACAAGAAGAACGUAACCUCACCAAAAGCAUCAGGACAGAGUUACAACAUCACUAACAUCAUCUCUGAGGACAGAGGAGAAUAUUACUGUGAGGCCCAGAAUGGAAGAGGAUCUAUGAACUCUACAGCUCUGAUGAUCAUUGUAGCAGGGAAACCAACCUCCUUUGUGACUGCAGCUGUAGGAAGCAUAGUGGUUGUUCUGGUUCUCAUCCUCUGUCUCUCUGGUUUCAUGUGGUUCAGGAAGAAGGCCUCCAAAUCCACCUCUGACACAAGAGACACAUCAGAGAAUGUACAGGGAGACUCUAGUCCAGUGUAUGACAACAUCUCAGGCAUGGCCAUGACCUCUACUGCAGCACAGACAGAGUCCACAGACAACCAGGAUUAUGUUCACUAUGCCAGCGUCCACUUCUCUGGCUCCAAAAACCAGGAAGUGCCUCUAUACUCCACCGUCCAGCUGCCUCAGCCCCAGAUUCAGGACGAGGAUGUCCAGUAUGCUGCUGUGAAAUUCAGCCGCCCCAGUGCUGCCACCCGGUGAAUAUUUUCUGCCAUUACAACAGAGUCAAUACUAGAACACUGAACUCACAGACAUCAUCAAGGGCAUUCAUAUGCUGCUGUUUAUUGGAAGAGUAGACAAUGUCAUCAAUAAGCAAAACAGUUGACCCCUAGUGACAACUCAUUGUUCCCUGAGAUCUCCCUCCAUCAAUAGCUGAAGCACAGGGGGAUGGUGGCACCUUAAUUGGGGAGGAUGGGCUUGUGGUAAUUGCCGGAGCAGAAUAAGUGGAAUGGUAUAAAAUACAUAAAACACAUGGUUUCCAUUCUAUUUGCCUCGUUCCAGCCAUUAUUAUGACCCGUUCUCACCUCAGCAACCUCCUUCAGGACAAAGUGCAUUUCCUUGAACUCAUGAUAUGGUGUAACAAUGGACAUUUUGAAAAGUUGCACUCAGGGUUGUGGUCAAUUCCAUUUCAAUUUAGGAAAAUUCCAAUUCCAAUUGUUCCUCAUUGAAAAGCAUUGAGAAAAUAUGACAUUUCAGUUUACUUCCUGAAUUGCAAUGUGUUUUAGUUGUGUCUUUAGACUAAACUUUAGCAAAACAAAAUCUGCACAAGACUAUACAGCUGCACUCUUAUUUGAUUUGAUGUAUGACAUUAACUUGGCGUUGAUAUCGAGACUGUCAAGUAUGAUAUUAUAACGCUUUUUUAAUCACUUAUCUAAAUGUGUUUCUUACUUUUUGUCAAAUGUGAUGAGUGGCCAGUGUUUGUUUAUCCAUGAGAAAAGGUUAAUAAAUGCUUUCACCCUC